AUGGCGCCAGCAAACCACCCAGUCUAUCAUAAAGAUGAGAAGGUCUUCUGCUUCCAUCAUGAAAUUCUCUACGAGGCAAAGAUUCUUGAGGUCAGGUUGACCGAUCCAGAGGACAGAAGGAGUCCCCACGAGUAUCGGGUUCACUACAAGGGCUGGAAGAAUACAUGGGAUGACUGGGUUCUACAAGAUCGUCUACGCAAGGCAACCGAAGAGAAUAAGGAGCUUGCGGCCACGCUCCGUCGGGAUGUAGAAGCGGCUCUUCGUCAACGGGCCAAACAGACAUCAGCGAAGAAACGAAUUAGCUCUGACGCAAACUCUAAUCGAAAUAGUGAAGAGACGCAGUCCUCUGCCCCUGCCAGAGGUACCAAACGAUCACGAGAUGCGGAAAUUGAAAAGGAGGAACAGUUUAAUGCACGCCCAUCCAUCAGGAUAGUGAUGCCUGAUAACCUCAAAGCACUUCUUGUAGAUGACUGGGAAAAUGUCACCAAGAACCUGCAACUGGUACCACUUCCUGCAAAAAUGCCUGUCAACAAGAUCCUCGCCACCUAUUUCGAGGAAGAAAAGGCCAAACGAACUACCUCGGCUGAAGUGGAUGUACUCGAGGAAGUUUUGGCUGGCGUCAGAGAAUACUUUGACAAGUGCUUAGGUCGCUUGCUGCUAUAUCGUUUUGAACGAGAGCAAUAUCUCGUCCUGCGGAAGAAAUGGGAAUCAGGAGCCGAAGGAUACGUCGAUAAGGGACCAUGCGAUAUAUAUGGGGCAGAACACUUAGCAAGAUUAUUCGCCUCACUACCAGAAUUACUUGCCCAGACUAAUCUUAGCCAACAGUCCACUAACCGUCUGCGCGAAGAGCUCUCCAAGUUGGCAAUAUGGAUGAGUAGGAAUUCUGAAAGGUUAUUCGCAAUUAAAUAUAAGAGCCCCGACAACGAAUAUAUUGAUAAGGUAAAAUGCAUAUCGAACCUGGAUCGGCCCGGAACCGCAACCUCCCACCUAUUUUAA